AUGAGAAAGGAGUUUGAGGCUUUGGAGGCUAAUUCGACUUGGGACAUAGUUGAGUUACCCAGUGGUAAGAAGCCUAUUCGCUGCAAAUGGGUAUACAAAGUCAAAUAUAGAGCUGAUGGGAGCAUUGAGAGGUACAAGGCUAGGUUAGUGGUCAGGGAUCAAGUAGAGAGGAUUGAUUUUCAUGAAACUUUUUCCCCUAUAGUAAAAAUGUCCACUAUCAAAACUCUUGUUGCUGUUGCUAUUAAACAGAAUUGGUCUUUUUUUCAAUUGGAUGUAAAUAAUGCAUUCUUGCAUUGGGAUUUGGAUGAGGAAGUUUACAUGAAACUUCCCCCCUGGAUUAUCAGUACCUGCUUUUGCUUCUUCUCCUGUUCCUUUAGUCUGCAAGUUACAGAAGUCUCUAUACGGACUGAGAUAGGCUUCAAGGCAAUGCUCCUCCCUGUCAUAUGUCCAUUAAAAUUACAUGAGACUCUCAAAGCUGCAGUGGGUGAUCCUUUACCCAAUCCUCAGACUUACAGAAGUCUAAUUGGUAAACUAAACUUCCCCACUCAUACUAGACCUGAUUUGGCUUUUGUUGUCCAACACUUAAGUCAGUUCAUGCAACUUCCUUGUAUCCCUCAUAUGAAGGCAGCUUUGCACGUGUUGAGGUAUCUCAAAGGGACCUCUAAAUAUGGCUUAUUUCUUAAUAAUUGCUCUGAUUUGUCUCUCAAAGUGUUUUGUGACUGUGAUUGGGGUGCUUGUCCUGAUAAGAAAGUGAGUAACUAG